AAAAAGCCCAGUGGGCUAUUAUUAUAUACAAAGUGCAUAUCCCCCAAAUCAGAGUAGAAAAACCGGGUUAUCCCUAAUUUGAAAACCUUGUUCUUGUCCUGGAAAACCAUAUCCACGUUUUCAUUGAGAUUUACUGCUCUGACACUAUUCCAGUUUAUUGAUUCAAAAGUGAAUAAUGGGAGUUGAAGUGCGGAGCAGUAAUUAUCGACUGAGGACGAUUUGGACACCGGAAAUGGAUCGAUACUUUGUGGACCUGAUGUUGGAGCAAGUUGACAGAGGAAGAAGUAGAGAUGAUCAUUUGUUCAGCAAAAGGGGAUGGAAUCAUAUGUCUGCAAUGUUUAAUUCCAAAUUCAAUUCCAAUUACGAAACCGAUGUCCUCAAAAACCGGCACAAGAUGCUUAGAAACCUCUUCAGGGCAAUUAGGAAUCUCCUCGCGCAGAAAGGCUUUUCUUGGGACGAAUCUCGACAAAUGGUCACAGCUGAUAACCGAGUUUGGGAUGACUAUAUUCAGGGGCAUCCGGAUGCACGACCGUACAGAACGAAAACAGUUCCAUAUUACUCCGAUCUAUUUGAAAUAUAUGGAGCCUCGGGCUCGGGAAGUAAGAGCUCAAUUCCUAAGCAAAAAGCCGAUUGCAGUGGGAAUACGGUACAAUGUGAUGGUAUUGUCGGCUUUUUAGAAGAUACGCAAGUCGUUGAUACAAGUGUGAACUACGGUACACCUAGUAGCAAUAUGAUUGGAUCAAUUCGCGCAAGUGAGAUGGCUAACGAGCCUCUUCACGAUAUAACAAUUGACGAAGACUACGAUGUGUCGGUGGCAAAAGGAAUGGUCGAUGAAACAGCGUAUCAGUUUCUGUCUGAUAUUGGGUCAACUAUAGGUACUCGUACUAGGAGGACUUAUUGGCAGCCGCCUAUGGACCGUUACUUUGUCACUCUUUUGUUGGAACAAGUGAACAAAGGUAACCAUGUUGAUGGUUUGCUUAGAAAACAUGCUUGGAGAGAGAUGAUUUCGUCGUUUAAUGAUAAUUUUGAAUUUAGUUAUGGUGUCGAUAUUUUGAAGAAUCGAUUUAAAACUCUUAGAACGCAGCAUAAUGUGAUAAAUAAUCUUCUGAAGAUGGAUGGAUUUGCUUGGGACGAUGCUCGCCAAAUGCUCGUUGCUGAUGAUCCUAUCUGGCAAAAUCAUAUCAAGGCUCAUGCAGAAGCUAGACAAUACAUGACCAGACCUGUUCCGUACUUCAAAGAUUUGUGUUUGAUAUUCAGAGAAUUGAAUGACGAUGACAACGAGAAAAACUUAGAGAAUCUUGCAGUCGAUCAAUCUCCAUCUGCAUCAGUGUCCAGUUACGAGGGGAGAGAAUCUACACAUCAAGAUUGUGACAUAAUUAUAGCGGCUAAUCCAGUGACAAAGCGACGCCUGGAAACCCCACCAUUCACGGGAUCUUCCAAAAAAUCUCGGAGCGAAGAUGAAGGUGUGAAGGCAGUUCCUGUAGAACUUGUAAUAGCGUCGAUUCAAGCCUUACCCGAUAUGGAUGAAGACCUUGUUUUGGAUGCUUGUGAUCUCCUCGAGGAUGACAAGAAAGCUAAAACAUUUUUGGCAUUAGACGUGAAGUUGCGAAAGAAGUGGUUAAUAAGGAAGAUCCGUCCUUCGCAAUGACAUAAUAGCUCGAUUUUGGUACUUUUUUUUUUUAAAUAAAUUUAAUUUAAUUUUGUAGUGGCUAUCAACUGAGCAAGGAAACCAGAAAGCUUCAGGUGAAGAAUAAUUAUUUAGACUUCCACUAAAAUAAUUCCCUAUUUUUUGUUUUUGCCCCAAUUUGAGAAUUUGAGUGUUUUUUGCCCCA